UUUGACAGGAUUGGGGAAAUGUUCAAGAGUAAUUUAGUAGAACUGCAUGCGGGGACAGUGCCUGCAGUCGCUCCCCCUGAAUGUUCGGUGCGCGGUGCUGCAGCAGCGGGUCAUGAUGGUGAAAGCGCUCCUGCUCCCUCUGUUUCUCCUGCUUACAUCAUUAACAGGUGUGUGUCCCCGGACACCUAGAGAGAUAUGUGUCAAUGCAGGUGAGAUGGUGGCGCUGCAGUGCCCUCCUUACAGAGGGUAUAAUCACAGUGAUGCCAAACUGAUCUGGUCCAGUAACACUACCCGGGAGAUGGUUUUGACCAACAACAUGUCCUCAGCGGAGCAGUUCCAGAUGGGUGUGCUGCUUCAUGGGAGAAGUUUUGUGAUUCUCAUUGCUUCUGUGAACCAUCAGGGGAUUUACUCGUGCUCUCCGGGGAAUGCACAGUUCAGGCUGACGGUGAACACAACACAGACCAUGAAGUAUGAAGAGAGGAACACGUACCCUGCGAUAUGUUACAGACAAGAUUCAUGCACAUUGAAUUGCCCUGAUGUAAAUGUACCCGCUGUAAAUAUCCCGAAUAUGACCAGCAACCCCAUUAUAUGGCACAAGGACGGUGAGUCAUUGCCAAAAACUGGUUACUUCCCAAGUGUGGAGGAGACUGACCAGGGUUUCUACACCUGUACCAGAUCUUACCUGUAUCAUGGCCAAACAUAUAACAUGACCUUCACAGUGGUGCUUGAUGUCCAACAAACGAAAAAAACAGAGAAAUCUGCAGUGAUCAUUUCACCACACAUGAAUGAUGUGUUUCACGUGGAUUUGGGCUCGACGGUGGCGAUCCCCUGUAAAGCUGUUCUGUCCUCAGACUUUGACGAGGUCUUCUGGUUGAGUGGAGACUCAUUUGUGGAGAGAAACAGCAGCUUUCCAGUCUUCUACAAUUUGACAGGAGGAAAUGAUAAAGAAGAGGGAAAGAUGACAGCAUCUCUCUUCUUCAAAAAGGUCUCAGAGGAGGAUCUAUCAAAAAAAUACACCUGUAAACUGGACACUGACAACGAACCCUCAAGCAGUGUCACCAUCACCUUGGCCCAAAAACCUCAGCGUUCCUAUGCUUGCCUAGCUCUUGGCAUUGUCUGUGUUGUGGCGGUGAUGGUUUUGACAGUAGUUAUCUAUGUGAAGUUCCAAAUUAACAUCACUCUUUUCCUGCGAGACAGUCUCGGCUGCCAUUGCAGCUCCUCAGAUGGAAAGAGCUACGAUGCCUUUUUGAUGUGCUACAAGAGUGACACAGACGCAGGGCUGAAUGAAGAUGACAGAAGAUGGCUGAAGAGUAUUUUGGAAGAGACAUUCGGUUACAGUCUUUGCCUUUAUGAUCGUGACGUCCUACCAGGGAAAGCUGUAGCAGAAGCAGUAUUGGACUGUGUAGAGCAGAGCCGGACUGUGGUUUUGGUUCCAACAUCUCCGGAUCCUGAUCCAGGUUCUGGCCUGCUGAGCGCCAUCCAUGCAGCCCUCGUGGAGCGGCAGACUCGCUUGGUUUUCAUCAAAACUGAGACAACAGAAGCCUCCAGAUCAGGUUCAUUACCAGAGGCCUUACAGCUUCUUGGCGAGGCUGGAGACUGCGUCACCUGGAAAGGUGUGCGCUCCAUGCCGCCCUCCUCCUCCUUCUGGAAGCAGCUACGCUAUCACCUGCCUGCCCCACAGCGUGCACCAAAAAUGAGUCUUUUACCUCAGACAAUCUAGGAUGUUGACCGUGACCAUGACGACUGCUUCAUGGUUUUCAGUAUAUGACUGACGUUUACUGAGAUGUUGAAAUCGGGAGCCUUUGUUGAACUUAAUUCAUUUUUAACACUUGAUUUUUCUAUAAAGCACCCUGAAUUCUUGAAUUGUCCUAGAUAGGUAGAAAACUCGUCAUGACAGCUGACAUGAGCAACUUUUUUAUGUCUCCUGCAAAGACGUGUAAUGUAAGAAUGUAAUGUGAAUACUGUUACUGCUGCCAUAUCAAGAACGGUCUGAUUUGUGGAUUCUUGUUAGCUCUGAAGUGUUGCUUUUCAUAGCAGCUCGUGAAUUAAAAUUCCUGUUUCAUAUUUAAAUGGUGUAAGUGGAUUUUCUGUCUUUAUUGUUAUACAUGUAAUGCUAAAAAAAACUUUUCACUUGAAUUUGUUUUAGAACAUGCAAGGUCUGUUAUCUCACUUGCCAAAUUUACUGUCUUUGCUGCAGGCGUCAUGCUGGUCUUCAUCAUCAAUGUCCUGAUGACAGCAUCAACUGUACCAUGUAAUGCGUUACUGUGAUGCCCUCAUCAAAAUAUGUUGGAACUGUCAAAAUUUAAAAUAAAAUGUGUUUUAUAUUAAACCCGCUGAGAAUUAGUCCAGACUACAGUCUGUAGUCUGAAACAUUACUUCCCUGCGAAUAUAAAGUGAGUUGGAUGUAUUUCUGUUGCUUUGAAGCAUAAUGUUAUCCUUGUUCAUGUUCGUUAAUCACAAUGGGUGCCUUUUGAUAAAACUUCCAGACUGAUGAUGUUUUUGUUCAUGUUCAUGCCCAUGCUGGUUGGGUCAUAUUGUGAACAUUUCACUCUUG